AUGGGAGAACUUGAACCUUGGAUGGAUGAUAAUUAUGUUCGUCAAAUAUGGUAUCAAUAUGGAGAAAAUGUUAAUUUUUUAAGUAAUGCAGCAGCAGUUAAAGCUUUGGCCAGUUUAAAUGGUACGUCAAUUCCUGGCACUAAUAGAAUUUUUAAGUUAAAUUGGGCGUUUGGUGGUGGUUUGGCUGAUAAAAAAGAUGAUCGUAUUCCAGAAUUUUCAAUAUUUGUUGGUGAUUUAGGGCCUGAUGUUAAUGAAUGGAUAUUAAUGACUGUUUUCUAUCAACGUUAUCCAAGUUGUAAAUCUGCUAAAAUAAUGACGGAUCCAAUGACAGGAAUUUCUCGCGGAUAUGGAUUUGUUCGUUUUGGAGAAGAAAUUGAACAACAACGAGCUCUUAUAGAAAUGCAAGGAGCAUUUUGCGGAAAUCGUCCAAUGCGAAUCUCUACAGCAAUUCCUAAAAAUAAACUUUUUUUCCAAGGUAAUCCAAGAGUAAGAAUGCCAUGGGGUAGAAUACAAAAUGAUAAAACAGCUCCAAAUUAUCGACCUCAACUAUACAAUUCUUUAAAUAAUGACAAUGAUAAUGGAGGUUAUUUGCCAAAUACAAUUACCAAUACUAACACAACCGGAGCAAAUUCUAUUAUCAAUGGAAAUAGUAAUGGUGGUGGUGGUAAUGCUACUGUCAUGAAUAUUACAUUAUCGUCACAAUUAUUAAAUAAUAAUAGUAUAACAAUGAUGAUGACGACGAUGGAUCCUUUGGAGCCAAUUCCAGUUCAACAUAUGAAUGAACUUUUUAUUUCUAGUAAAGAAGCAUUAAUUGAAAGAAUGGAAAUUUAUACUAGUACUAGUAAUAAUUGGUCAGAUAAUGUGUUUAUGCUUAAUGACUAA